UCACUGCUGUUAGUCGCAAUUAUUUACUUAAUUUGGUUGACCAAAACCCAUUAUAAGGCUCUGAUCUGAGGUCUACCCGAUUCCCAGCAGCUAACGAGUAACUAGGCAGUCAAGUGAAAGAGAGUUUGGAAUUAAUGGCGAGAGAAAAGAGAGGGGGAUUGUACGUUACCGUUCCCAGCUUGUUCCGGUGUCCCAUAUCCAUGGACGUCAUGAAGUCUCCGGUAAGUCUCUGCACCGGCGUCACCUACGACCGCAGCUCCAUUCAGAUGUGGCUCUCUCAGGGCCACAAUACUUGUCCCGCCACCAUGCAGGUUCUCCCUUCCACUGAUUUCGUUCCUAACCUCACCCUCCGACGCCUCAUCCACCUCUGGCUCCACCACCAAGCCGCCAUGCCUUCGCCUUCCGCCCUCUCCAAACAGGAAGCGCUCGACAUCAUCAAGCAUAUCGAAAAAGUUAGCACCGCCGUUUCUACAAAGAAAAUCGCUGAUUUUGUGAAAUAUUCUGAGGAGAACCGGAGAUUUUUUGCUAAUUCGAGUGAGGCAGUUUCCGGUAUUGUCGCAGCUUUGAAGAAUUCCGAUGAAAUCGAAUUUUGUGAAUCGAUUAUUGCGAUUUUGGACCUGAUUUUGUCGGAGAGUGGUGUUAAAGAGCACUUGAAUAGGUUGAUUUUGAAGAGCGAUACCGAUUAUCUAUCGCGAUUCGUUCCGCUUCUUCAGAAAGGGGGCUUGAGCUCGAAGAUUCAAUCCGCCAGAGUUUUGGAAUCUAUCGCGUUGGACGGCGACUCACAGCUUAAGAUCGCCGAGAAGCAAGGCUUACUCUACGAGCUUUGCCAUUUAAUCAGUGAAGAAACCGAUCGAUUUGCAAUCGAGGCCGGAGUUUCAAGUCUGAUAGCCGUUUCUACCUCCAGGCCGGUGAAGAAAGAGCUCGUUCGGUUCGGUGUUGUGAAAACCAUCGGUAAAAUUCUCUCCGGUCCAGAAACGGCAAACGCAGUGAUGGAGAAGACUUUGAAACUGCUAGAAACAGUUGCGACGUGUACGGAAGGGAGGGCCGCAAUCGGUGCCGACGAGGAGUGCGUAGCGGGGAUAGUGAAGAGGCUGAUGAAGUGCUCACGAGCGGCGACGGAGCACGGGAUCACGGUGCUGUGGAGCGUCUGCAGCCUGGCGCGUGACAAGGACGCACAGGAGGCGGUGGGCAAGGUCAACGGGAUUACCAAGGUAUUGCUGGUGAUGCAGAGCGACUGUUCGGCCGGCGUUCAGCAGAUGUGCGGAGACUUGGUCAAAGUUCUACGGGUGAAAAAUUCAAAGUCGUGUUUGGCGUGUUAUGAGACCAAGACUACGCACAUCACACCGUAUUGAACACUCCACUCUGUAUUUGACUAACCAAAUUUUAUUGCUACUUGAGUACCUGUUACGACUUGGUCAUUGGUAUCAUUGAUUAGCUAAAGUCAAAUUUGUACAUGAAACUAGCAAUUGAACACACACCAACAAUUGAUACAUUUUUUUUUUCUUUUAUAUAAUUUUCUUGGAAUUCCUUUUGCAA